AUGGGCUCCAUCAGUGCAGCAAACGCAGAAUUUUGUUUUGAUGUAUUCAAAGAGCUGAGAGUUCACCAUGCCAAUGACAACAUCUUUUAUUGCCCCCUGAGCAUGAUGGCAGCCUUGGCCAUGGUCUAUCUGGGAGCAAGAGGUAACACUGAGUAUCAGAUGGAGAAGGUUCUUCAUUUUGACAAAAUUGCGGGACUUGGAAGUUCAACACCUUCCUUUUGUGGCAAAUCUGUGAAUAUCCACUUUCUGUUUAAAGAAAUUCUCUCUGAUAUCACUGCACCGAAAGCCAAUUAUUCACUCCACAUUGCCAACAGGCUCUAUGCUGAAAAGACAAGUGCAAUCCUACCGAUCUAUGUAAAAUGUGUGAAGAAACUGUACAGGGCUGGUCUGGAAAUGGUCAACUUCAAAACAGCAUCAAAUCAAGCCAGACAGCGCAUUAAUUCCUGGGUGAAAAAUCAGACAAAUGGACGUAUCCAAGAUUUGCUUGAACCAGGCUCUGUUGAUCUCCAUACUGUGCUGGUCCUUGUGAAUGCCAUUUACUUCAAGGGGAUAUGGAAGAGUGCGUUUAACGAAGAAGAAACUCGGGAAGUGCCCUUCAGUGUGACAAAGGACCUGUUCAGCCCCUCGGCCAAUCUCUCUGGCAUCUCUUCAGCAGAGAGCCUGAAGAUAUCUGAGGCCGUCCAUGAGGCGUACAUGGAAGUCACUGAGGAGGGCACUGAGGUGACUGGCUCAACUGUUGUGACAGGAGAUACUCAAGCAUCCUCUGAGUUUGAAGAGUUUAGGGCUGACCACCCAUUCCUUUUUUUGAUCAAACACAAUCCAAGCAACAUGAUCCUCUUCUUUGGUAGAUAUUGUUCACCCUAG